AUGGGCCCACGGAGCCGCGAGAGUCGGGCGGGAGCAGUACAAAGCACCAACGACAGCAGCGCUCUCAGCAAGAGUUCCCUGGCAGCACACGGGUACGUACAGGAUGCCUUCACUGCCUUCCUGGUCCCCGGGACCGCGCGGCGCGCGCCGCUCAUUCACCGAGGUUACUAUGUCCGCGCACGCGCCGUGGGGCACUGCGUGCGCGCCUUCCUGGAGUGGACGUGCGCGCCCCCCGACGCGCCUCGCGCGCAGGUCUUGUCGCUUGGCGCCGGCUCCGACUCGCUGUACUUUCGCCUCAAAACUGCGGGCAACUUGGCCAGGGCUGCAGUCUGGGAGGUGGAUUACCCGGAUGUAGCGCGGCGCAAAGCGAACAGGAUCAGCAAGACGCCGGAACUGUGCGCGCUGACUGGGUCUUUCCAGGUGAGGGACCCCCCGUCCGCGCUGUGCUUUGAGAGCUUGGACUACCGCAUCCUGGGGCUGGACCUGCGGCAGCUCGAGCGACUGGACCAGGCCCUGGUCACAGCUGGCCUCGACACGGCCUCACCUACUCUGCUCCUGGCUGAGGCCGUGCUGACCUACCUCGAGCCGGAUCGUGCUGCGGCCCUCAUCGCCUGGGCAUCUCAGCGUUUUCCUAAUGCUGUAUUCGUGAUCUACGAGCAGAUGAAGCCUCAAGACGCCUUCGGCCAGUUCAUGCUGCACCAUUUUCGGCAGUUGAACUCUCCCCUGCAUGGCCUGGACCACUUUCCUGACGUGGAGGCCCAGCGGCGCCGCUUCCUUCAAGCAGGCUGGACUGCGUGCAGUGCCAUGGACAUGAAUGAAUUCUAUCGCCGCUUUCUUUCCGCAGAAGAACGGCGGCGGAUGGAAAAUCUUGAACCCUUUGACGAGUUUGAGGAGUGGCAUCUGAAGUGCGCCCAUUAUUUCAUUCUGGCAGCGUCUACAGGAAACAGCCUCUCCCAAAUCUUGAUAUUUCCACCCUCGGAGCCUUUUCCUCGGGUAGAUCCUGUUUCCCCCUCAGGGGUCCUUCCUGCCAGUGUAGUCACUAGUGACACCCAGGGCUCAACCCUUAAGAGAUAUGGACAUGCCUCUGUCCUCUUAUGUCCGGACAUUAUUCUCAGCGCAGGAGGGUUUGGAGAGCAAGAAGGACGGCACUGCCGAGUGAGCAAGCUUCACUUGCUCUCAAAACAUUGUGACUUUGAGUGGAAGGACAGCCAAAUAUGCAGUCAUGGGACUGAAGUUCAGUGGGAUGAACGCCUUUAUCACACCAUGACAAGACUUUCAGAUACUCAGGUUCUGGUUUUGGGAGGGAGGCUAUCCCCAGUAAGUCCAGCCUUGGGGUUUCUCCAGCUUCAUUUUUGUAAGGGUGAGAAUAAUAGCACUGAGAACCUGAAGGUGACAUUAACCAAGGCUGGCCCAAAAGAAGAUUCCACUUUGUCGUGUUGGCGGCAUUCAGCAACAGAAGUGUCCUGUCAGAAUCAGAAAUACUUGUUUGUUUAUGGGGGUCGAAGUGUGUUGGAAGCUGUACUAAGUGACUGGCAUUUCCUACAGGUAGAGAGGAUGGCUUGGGUCAGGGUCCCAGUGGAGGGGGAAGCACCUGAAGCUCGGCAUUCCCACAGUGCCUGCAGUUGGCAAGGGGGAGCCCUCAUUGCUGGAGGUCUUGGGGCUUCCGAGGAGCCACUGAACUCUGUAUUCUUUUUGAGACCAAUCCCUUGUGGAUUCCUCUGGGAAUCAAUAGACAUCCAGCCUCCCAUUACCCCACGGUACUCCCACACAGCUCAUGUGCUCAAUGGAAAACUUCUACUAGUUGGAGGGGUCUGGAUUCAUUCCUCCUCAGUUCCUGGAGUGACUGUUAUCAAUUUGACUACAGGAUUGAGCUCUGAGUAUCAGAUUGACACAACAUAUGUGCCAUGGCCAUUAAUGUUACACAAUCAUACCAGCAUCCUUCUUCCUAAAGAGCAACAGCUCCUGCUCCUUGGAGGUGGUGGGAACUGCUUUUCCUUUGGCACCUACUUCAACCCCCAUCCAGUAAAAUUAGACCUUUCUUCUUUAAGUACUGGGCAGUAAGUUCUGAACUCUUAAUGUGUUCAAGACCCACUAAAGUAGACAAUAAAGGUUUCCACAAAAUAACUUGACCCUAACUAUAUGUUUUGCCACUCCUCUCCCCACUUUUUCCCCUUAGCAUUAUUCAGUGUAGUAAGUGAAAAGGUUAUUAAAAUACCUACCAACGAUCAGUUAAAAAUGAAACAUAGUUGAAGACAGUGACCAUACAGUCCUGGAGGUGGAGACUUCGGAUUCAUGUAUCCAGUUUAUUGGUCUUCAUCAAAUUUUCAACUCUUAAGUUUAUCCACUUACUGAAUUAUAAUAGCCUUUACCCUAAAUCAAGUAAAAAAUGUCCCUGUCCUGGGACUUUUGAUUCGAAAUGGUUUCUUGGAAAAAGUUUUGCACAGAUCCUUUGUUGAAUAUAGUUGAAGGUACAUGAGAUUGACCUAAUUCUUCAUGUAUGAAACCUGAAGUGAGCACAGUUGCAAUUUGAUUAAAGCAUCAUGCUGUUCAGUGCAACAGAAAAUUCUAGGAUAGCUUUAACAAAAAACGUUUGUAGUGGUGUCAUCAUAGCUCACUGCAACUUCAAACUCCUGACCUCAAGCAGUCCUUCUGCCUUAGCCUCA